UAUGCUACUUCGGGUUUAGGUCAAGAAAACUCCGACUGUGACCAAAGACGAGUUUAGGCAUCUACCAAAGACUGAACGAGGAGUUGCCCUUCGAAAAGCGUUGAAGAAGAACAAACGCGCCCGUCAAGCUGAGCGUGAAAAACUUCGAGAAACGCUUGGUGAUGCUGCGCCUCCGAAAGAAGUGCCGAAAACUAUCGAGAGUACGAGAGAGUAUGAUGUGACAAUGGUACAGGAUGACGAUGAAGAGGUUGAACAUGAUGAGGCACACGACGAAUUUGCAUCGUACUUCAAUCGUGAAACAACGCCCAAGGUUCUUAUCACGAUGUCACCUUUCGCAAAAAAGACUACAUGGAAGUUCUGUUUUGAGUUGCAAAAGUGUAUUCCUAACGCAGAGAUUUUCUCGCGCAAGGGUGUUCCAUUAAAGAAGGUGGUGAAGCAGUCCAUUGCGCGUUCUUAUACUGAUCUCAUUGUUGUGCACGAGGAUCAUAAGAGACCAAAUGGAAUAAUUUUUUGUCAUCUUCCGGAGGGACCAACAGCUUACUUCAAAAUCAAUAGUUUGAGGUUCACGAAGGACAUUCCGCGAACAGCUGAAACAACUUCUCACUACCCUGAAAUCAUCCUCAACAAUUUUAACACUCGUUUAGGCCACACUACUGCAAGGAUGUUUGCUUGCUUGUUCCCACAUAAUCCUAAGUUUACCGGACGACGGGUGAAAGAAGGGCAGAAAGCAGCUUUAGUAGAGCUAGGUCCACGUUUUACGUUGCGGUUAAAAUGGCUGCAAAAAGGAACAUUCGAUACUAAAUGGGGAGAGUUUGAGUGGGUACUCAAGCGUCACGAAAUGGAAACAUCACGACGAAGAUUUUUCUUGCAUCGUUUUGCGUGGGGCCAAGAUGCCUUAGGUCCUAAUGUGCCAGUUGGAGGCAAAAUGGGAGCUCAAGAAAAUCCUGAGCUGCAUACGUGGGAUGGUGAAUAUAGGGGUUCACCCGAGAAAGGAGACAAGCUUAUCCCAGACCGCAGAAAAUCAGAUGUGCUUUUGCUCAACCUACAUUUUAGUUUUUUCUAUCGCACUCCUACCAUGGGAACAACAUACAUAGACCGAUGCGUCACCUACUUUAUCUCCGCUUUGCUUUGCGGAUGGGUUACCUAUCAUAUUCUUCAGCUCAGCAUUCGUUGGUUUAGGGACAUUGGUACAUGCCAUACCUCCACGAGUUUUCCGACGAAGAACUUGGAAUUCCUCCAGAUUCAGCUCCUGAUCCAGAAUACUGGGGAAAUCAUGGCAAGAAAUACGGAACUUACCGCUAAGACGUCCCAAAGUACUCAGCUAUCAGCCGACGUUUCCGUCUCAACUAGAUUAGAUUAUGCACAGUAUAAAUAG